AUGGCGGAAUUAUUCCUAAGGGAGGCAGCUUUGAUGAAGGGUUUCAAACACGCGCACGUUCUUGGGGUCAUCGGUUUGACCUUUGACCCUGACGGAAGCCCCAUGGUCAUCCUGCCCUACAUGGCGAACGGGGAUAUGAGGAAUUAUAUCAUGAACAGUCAAUUGCACAUAACGGUGUACGAGCUGUUGAAGAUGAGCUUGCAAGUCGCUUACGGGAUGGUCUACCUGUCGAACAUUCGAUUCGUUCACAGAGAUCUAGCUGCCAGAAACUGCAUGGUCGACGAGCGAGGCGUCGUGAAAGUGGCAGAUUUUGGCCUUUCACGGGAGCUCAUGGUGAGAGAUUAUUACAGGCUGUGCCACAAUAAAACGCCCGUCCCCGUCAGAUGGAUGGCCCUCGAAUGUCUCGAGGCCAAUGUCUUCACCACAAUGAGUGAUGUGUGGUCGUUCGGGAUUUUGUUGUGGGAGUUGUUGACGCGUGGCAGCGUGCCUUACACGGAUCUUGAGAACUGGGAAGUGGCCAGUAGCGUGCAGAAAGGUGCGCGUCCCUCUCAGCCCUCCUACUGUCCGGAUUGCGUCUACGUCAUAAUGCAGAGCUGCUGGAACAGUGAUCCGAACAGGCGUCCAAACUUUCAACAAUUGGCUGACGAGAUCGAAUCAAUCAUUCAAUCAGCAUCGGUCCUUGAAAAAUCCAUCCAAUCAGCCUCGACUGCUGAAAAAAUCGUCCAAUCAACGUCGACUAUCGAAAAAAUCGUCCAAUCCUCGACCUGCUCCACGCCCACGGGCGCAUCUUGCAGGUCGCCAUUGUACGAUAGUUCCAGUGAAAAUAAUGUUCUCAAUACAUUUGGAAGGAAGAAAAAAAUCGAUCGAGACGAAUUAGAGUUGAAACUAUUACCAGAAUGA